GGCGGAGCUUGGCUCGGUGGGCGUGGCCUCCGCUCCCGCUCCGGUCGCCCGUGGAGACACCGGGAGCGGCGCUCGGAUCAUUACACUGAUAAAAUCAAGGCAAGCUGGACAGGGAGCAGGUCUGCCUAUGUAGUGUGUGUGGUGGAUGCCUGUGUGUAGCAGCAGUUCAGGGCGCUGUGCUGCCUGCUGCAAUAACAACCCCUGCGUUUCCCUGCAGAGCUUCCCUGCCCCUCUGAAAAUGUCAGGCAAAACAGCCACCACGAGCAACAACAUCGCCCAGGCCCGCAGGACCGUGCAGCAGCUCCGCAUCGAGGCCUCCAUCGAGAGGAUAAAGGUGUCCAAGGCCUCGGCUGACCUGAUGCUGUACUGUGAGGAGCACGCCAAGAAGGAUCCCCUGCUGAUGGGCAUUCCAGCCUCCGAGAACCCCUUCAAGGACAAGAAAACCUGCAUUUUGUUAUAGGGCAGGGGCAGCUCCUCCUGCCCAGCCCCUGGGCCAAGCACCACCGCUCCCCCAGGUACCUGCACCCCGUGGGCACCCCCUGAGCUCCCCAAGGCAUUCCUGCUGGCCCUGUCCCCCUUAGGAGCUUUCUGCCUCUCUGUCCUGGCCAAGGGAAUGGGCUCCAGGGUCUCUGCGCUGCACGGGGGGUCCUGGUGGCAUUUGCCAACUCCAGCACGACCAAAGUUGCCUGAGCUUUGCAGACGAAGCAGAGCUGUAGAGACCUGAUGGAAUCACUGGGUUUACAUUUUAUAAAAUUACGGAUUUUUGUUUUGGU